UACAAAAAAAAACAGUGUCCCAGAAGUUGGAACGAUUUUGGUGGUGUUUAAUUUAUUGCUCUAUUUAUGCUAAUUUAAGUGUUGAUUUUGGUUGAUUAUCGCGCAUUUAAAUGUGCAUUUUCCCGAGGAUUUGUGGGAUAUAGCGGAAAAUCUUGGGAAAAUGCGGGCAGGUGCAGAGACGGCAAAGAAGGAGGCAUCCUCAUCAAUAGAUGCGGGAGACAAAGAGAAGAAAAGUGAGGGUAGUACAAUAGAGGAUUCUGCAAAGGCAGUCAAUGGCAUGAAGAUCCGCCCCACACCCUCCAACUAUAACUAUCUCCUACAGAUUGAGAAUCUUCCAGAGACGGCUGGAGAAUUGCUGGGCAGUGUGACAUUCUCCCCGAGUGGUGGGCCAGACAGUGGACAUGCCGUGAGAACCAGUGCUAGGGUAAUACAGAAGAUGCGCAUGGACACAGCCCGACCUCCGACUCCUCCACCACCGGAUAGGAAGGAAAAAACAAAGGAUGAUGCAGUACCUCCGAAGCCAGCAAAUCCUCCGCCGAGGAUUUCGAGGCCUAUCGUGUGGAGCAACACCGAGAGGAAUAUCUUCUUCGAAGGGCUCAAUGAGUACGGGCGGGACUUUGAUGCCAUCACACAUUUCAUGAAUCACAAAUUAAAACGGAGACAACCCCUGGAGCAGCCCAUAUAUAAAGCUGGUCAGGUGCGACAGCUCUACUACCAGACCUUCCACAAGAUCUCCAAGUACCUCAAAUUCUCAGACGACGUCCGGAAGUAUGCCCAGGAGUUGUAUGCGUUGAUAAAUUACGGAGAAAUGCGCAGGAAGUUGAUUGUUGUCAAUGAGAAGGCCUGCAUGAAGCUGCGUGAUCUCGUCUACCGUGGCUACGUGACAAUUCGGGAGAAAGGCAAGAAUAUCCGUAUAAAAACACCCUCCUGCCGUGCCUUGCGGAAGCUUAAUCAGCUCGAGGAAUGGCAGGAGGAGAUAAAACUACCCCAUCGUGUUGAGGUCUUCCUCGUACCGGCCACAAUGGAAUCAUGGGGUCGGGUGCAGAGUAUUGCGCAGAAUCCUCGAAUAAGGACAUCCGUGCCACUUCAGCGGCGCGUGAUGAGUGUACUGAAGUUUUUGCAGAAUAAAUGGCGCACCCAGGAGGUGCGUAUUGCAGCACGGGCUUCAACUCAGUGCCACAGCAGUGGAUCCAAGUCCAAGACGUGCCGCCUCAUGCAGAUGCAUCAGCGAAAUGAGCUACGUGAGGAGUUGAUGAAUGCCGAGAAGCUUCUGUGUUUUGCACCACCCACAAAGACGGUCAUCCACCGGCCAAUGGUGAAUCUCACGGAAUUCAGCAGUAGCUACAACAUCUGCCUCAAUUCCUAUGAGGAGCGUAUUGGGGCCACAGUGCGCGGGGAGACGCUACUUCCGGAGAAAUGGCACACACAUCGUGAUUUCAUACGAGCACAGAAGCGUCAGAGGCAUGACAGUGGAAGUGAUAAUAAGUCACCGGAUACGAAGAAGGGACGUGCUGCUCAGCACACGUCAACGUCGGCGGAUUCCCUUGAAACAGCUCCGCCGCAGAUUAGUAUUCAAACAAUUGAUUUUUCUGCCAUAACGAACAAUCAAGACUCAAAUAUACAGCCAUUGAUAGAUCUGCAGGAAGUUCCGGAGGAGAAAUCAAUUGUGGAGGAAUCUCCGCCGAAGAUUGAGCCUGAAGUGUCCACAGCAGGAUCAGUGGGACCAGUAAAGGUCACAGGGGAGAGUUCAAAGAAGAAGAGGGAGCCAAAAUGGAAUCAACGGAGGGACACACCGACAAAUCAGAACACAAAGAAAUCCUUCAAGCCUCUGAUCAGCGAGGAAGUGAUCAGGAAGAUUAAGGAAGGAUGGACUGUUAAUAAUGUAUGUGAUUUGACUUUUGGAGAUCUCUACGUGAUGUUUGGCAGUGACUUUAAGCUCACUCUCGAAUACCGAUGGGUGGAUCCACCGCCAAAGGUGGAAUCCAGUGAAAGCACAAUAGGUGAAGAAGCAACAUCUACCUCAGGAGAGAUUCAUUCAGCAAUUCCAGUGAAGAUGGAACUUCCGGAGACGGAAGAUUUCAAUAAGUUGCUUACGGAGAAGCCAAGUCUUCCGGGGAAUAAGGAGACUGAAAGUCUCCUGGGAAGGAGACUCAGUCAAUUGCUACUAAUCUCCAGUAUGAUGGAUAAGACUGGACGUCGACGUACAACAUGUAGUUGUGGUCACAUAUGCGACAAAAGCUUUAAAAUUCGCGAAACUGAACCGAAACUUUUCACAAAUGAUGGUGCUCUCUUUAAGCACCCCAUCGCACCACCACGUAACUAUCCCGAUUCAUACAGAUACGUCAAUGUGAUGCGCAACAAUCGAGCCUUUCGCUGGCUAAAGCCACGUUCCCAUCGGAGUAGUGCUUUCCCGUCGCGUCAGGUGGUUGUGCAGCGAAUUCUACCGCUGCAGCCGGGUGUUAAGCCAAGCUAUGUCACUGCCUCGGUGGACUAUGAGGAACCAUCCUCACCACCACCCCCAUCAGUUUCACGAACAAAAUUCACAAAUACACCCAGGAGUUCCGCCCCGACGGCCACGGUGACAACAAAGAGUCUCAUGAGGGUGUCUAAAAUGCAAUCAGAAACAUCUUCUGUUGUUAAAUCAGAAGAUCUUCCUGCCAGGAAGGGUGAUGAUGUGCUGGAAGUGAAUACAGUUGAGGAAAAAAUGCUAAAGCAGGAGUCAAAUGAUGAGGAAGAGGAGGAAUUUAAUAUUGAGGACAAUCCUGCAAUCAGGAGCAUAAUGGAACUUUCACUGCCUUCACUUCGUUUCGGUGAUAAUGACGACAGCCGCCUUAUGGGGGAUGGUUUCAUCCCAUCGGCUACUCCACCCAUGAGCCCAAUGAGGAUUGUGCGCGAGGGGAGCGACAGCAAGUGGCUGGAGGAGAAUAUGCACGACUACAGCUUCAGCAGUCUCCUUGGGCAUCUCGAUUCGCACCUGGACACCACGUGCCGACCAACUGUUUGCCCCACAAAUCCCGCAGAAGAGAAUCAUGUGGAUUCCAGCAUUGAUUAUGCGUACAAAUUUGCCUGAAGGGGGUGGAGUCAGGUGUGUUGGAUGAUAUUCUUUUUCUUGUUCUCUUCUCCGCAAAUGAUGAUUUGUUAAAAAAAUGAAAAUUUUUGUAAGACUCGCGACAAAAUACAGAAGGAGAAUGAGGAAGAAAA